AGUUCACAUCUACCACCAAAUAUCUCAAUCGACCAUCCCAUGAAGACGUAGCCUAUAUCAGGAGCGCGCACAUCUCACUACAGUCUCAAGCCAUCUGGGGAGCGAAUUUACUUUCUGUUUCACGAGCAUCAGUGAGUUUACAGCCUGCGAUGCUUGUGUUUAUACGAUUAUUGAUUUGUUAAUAAUGCGUACGGAUUUGAGCACAUUUAAAGGCUUGAUUUGAUUUAUUUAUGGUCUGUUGUUAGAAGAAGGUAGAAGGUGUGUUAUAUUGCGGAGGCGCAAUUUGAGCUCUUUCAUCUGUUUGGGUUUGUGAUCGAGCAGGAGGGAGGAGUGGCGAAGAAACGGCUGGUUAUCCAUGACCUCAGAUUUACAGCAUUACAGUUUCAGGAUGCCGAAUAUAGGGUUCCAGAACCUUCCCCUCAACAUCUACAUUGUGGUCUUUGGGACGGCCAUUUUCGUCUUCAUCCUCAGCCUACUCUUCUGCUGUUACCUGAUUCGGUUACGGCACCAGGCACACAAAGAGCUCUAUGCAUACAAGCAGGUUAUUCAGAAGGAAAAGGUCAAAGAAUUAAACCUGCAUGAGAUUUGUGCAGUGUGUUUGGAGGAAUUCAAGCAGAAAGAUGAGUUGGGAAUCUGCCCGUGUAAACAUGCCUUUCACAGAAAGUGCCUUAUUAAAUGGCUGGAGGUGAGGAAGGUUUGCCCGCUGUGCAACAUGCCCGUCUUGCAGCUGGCGCAGCAGCAGAGCAUGUCCGAAUCUGUGCCCCCAUCGCAGCAGCCUCUGCCCGGAGUGGAGAACCUGGUGUAGCCCCCUCCUGUUUCUCCUAAAAAUCUGACCACCACUACCUUCACACUCCCUCCUGUACAGGUACACGCACGUAUCCAAGGACAGAGCGCAGGAUUUGUGCCCGGAGCCACGGUGACCUGUGACCUGCAUAUGUUCAUGUUCUGCCUUUGUGGCUUUACAAAGGAUUUUUUUUUUUCCAAAUUACAAUAUUAGAUGAUUUACUCAAUCUAUCUUAUUUGGGUUUAGCUUUUUUUUUUUCCUGUGGGAUAAUGAAGAAGAAUUGAGUUUACUUGGCCAAGCCAUGAUUAAAGUAACUGUUCCACACAAAGCACUUUUUUGAGGACACCAGUGAGAGGCAAAUAAAAGACAAAGCCUAAAAAAAUUACAUUAAAAAUACAUUAAAAAACAGAAACUACUUUUUUUAACUAAAGUUUUUUUUAACAAGCACUUUACACAAAACUCAAACCUAGUUGCUUGUGAUAGUAGCAAGAUCUUGUUUUAUAUUUUAUGAUUUCAAACUUUUUUAGAGCCACAGAUCAAACCAUUGGUUUUAUUUUCAUUAGAGAGGGUUAAGUUUAUACUGUAUAUUAAAGGGAUAGCAGCUCUCCAGUGUGUAUAUGUUUGCUUUUGUGAGUGUUUAUGUAUUGACGGUCAGUAGAAUGGAUGUAUCAAUAGAUACGGUUCGCAGCGACUUUUAGCUGGUGGCCAAAACAAAUGUGAAUGCAGAGUUUGUCUUAUUAAGGCCAGGAUGUGACCCAGCAGUAUUUGAUCUGUGGACGUCUUUAUAUUUGAAAUGCUUUUUCCAACUGAGGGCUGUGUUAAAUACAUACACACACACACACACGUCAGUACAUUUGAGUUCAAGGCCGUAUUCGAUGAGAAUUUGAACAUAACCUAUAUAUAUAUAUAUAUAUAUAUAUAUAUAU